AUGGUUCUGCACAACCCCAACAACUGGCAUUGGGUGAACAAGGACGUUUCCCAGUGGGCAUUGCAAUGGUUCGAGCAGAACCUAACAAGUAUUGAAGCCAAGGAUGGCGACGUAGAAGCCAAGAUCAGCAAAGUCCAGAGUAUGGAUGGCGACGUCGACGUCAGUCAAAGAAAAGGCAAAGUCAUCACCAUCUUCGACGUCAAGCUCGUCCUGGAGUACUCUGGAUCUGCACCGGACGCGGAUGAGGUUACUGGAACCAUCACCAUACCCGAGGUCGCACAUGAUACCGAUGAGGACGACUACGUGUUUGAGGUCGACAUCUUUUCCGAUGCCAAGGAAAAACAGCCGGUGAAAGACCUUGUCCGCUCCAAGCUCGUGCCCCAGUUGCGCAAGCAGUUCCCAAAACUCGCCCCGGCCCUCAUUGAGGAACAUGGAAAAGACAUCCAGCAUGCCGCCGGCUCUAACCCUUCGAGCGGCUUCUCGACUCCUAAGCUUCACCCUCAGUCUUCGACCCCCAACCCCUCGCAUUCUACAAAGGCCUCGAUUAGCACUUCUGGCAUCAUUAACACGAAGACGGUGACGGACAAUGAAGAGUUUCGAACCACGGCCGAUGAGUUGUACCAAACCUUUGUUGACCCUCAACGCUUGGCUGCUUUCACCCGCUCGCCCCCAAAGGUCUUUGAGGGCGCAAAAACGGGCGGCAAGUUUGAGCUUUUCGGCGGCAAUGUUUCCGGAGAAUACCUUGAGCUUGAACCAGGCAAAAAGGUUGUGCAGAGCUGGCGUCUGAGUCAGUGGCCGGCUGGCCAUUUUUCCAAGCUUCAGAUAGAGUUUGACCAGAACGAUGUCGAUCACGUUACUGUCAUGCGCGUCACCUGGGACGGCGUGCCCGUUGGCCAGGAAGAGGUCACCAAGCGGAACUGGUUGGAGUAUUACGUGAAGAGUAUCAAGCAGACUUUUGGGUGA